CGAUGUUUGUCGGUUGAGUUAAGCGGGGAUCAAGCCUCACCCUAUCGUUUUAGAAGUUUUUCAUCAUCAAACAAAAAACAAUCAGUCGUCUGUCGGUGUCUGAGGAAAAUCAGUGUUUUUGAAUCGUCGUCAUGGCUUUGAAAUUACUUGUUGGUCAAAAGAUUAUGAACGAGGUGGUCCGCUACAAUGGAACACCGAGUAAGGCCAAUCCCACUGGGAAACCGGGUAUUGAGUGGAGAAUAUUGAUCGUCGACAAACUUGCCAUGCGGAUGGUCUCCGCGUGCACCAAGAUGCAUGAAAUAAGUGCCGAAGGCAUCACUUUGGUUGAGGAUAUCAAUAAGAAACGAGAACCUUUACCGGCGAUAGAGGCAGUGUAUUUGAUCACUCCGUCGGAGGACUCCAUUAGGUUGUUGAUGAGAGAUUUUGAGAAUCCUGCUAAACCAACGUAUAAAGCCGCCCAUGUGUUCUUCACUGAGGUGUGCCCUGAAGAACUUUUCAACGACAUCUGUAAAUCUGUUGUCUCCCGAAAGAUCAAAACACUGAAGGAAAUUAAUAUCGCGUUUCUUCCCUACGAAUCCCAGGUUUACUCGCUGGAUUCUCCGGUAACUUUCCAAUGUGCUUACUCGCCGGCCCUAGCCUCAGCACGGUUCGGCAAUAUGGAGCGUAUUGCAGAGCAAAUUGCGACCCUUUGCGCCACACUGGGAGAAUAUCCAUCAGUGCGAUAUCGUGCCGAAUGGGAAGGGAACAUGGAGCUGGCACAGAUGGUGCAACAAAAACUCGACGCAUACAAAGCUGAUGAACCGACUAUGGGAGAAGGUCCAGAGAAGGCAAGAUCGCAGUUGCUUAUUAUCGAUCGUGGAUUCGAUUGCGUUUCUCCGUUGCUUCAUGAGUUGACUUUGCAAGCAAUGGCAUACGAUUUACUUCCAAUCGUUAAUGAUGUUUAUAAGUUCAUCCCAUCUCCGAACGCUGCCGAAAAAGAAGUAUUACUGGACGAAAAUGACGACCUGUGGGUUGAUUUGCGUCACCAGCAUAUUGCUGUCGUAUCACAAAGUGUUACACAAUAUUUAAAAACCUUUACCGAGUCCAAGAGACUUACUCAGACGGAGAAGCAAUCGAUGAAGGAUCUUUCUCAAAUGAUCAAAAAAAUGCCCCAAUAUCAGAAGCAAUUGUCCAAGUAUUCCACCCAUUUGCAUUUGGCUGAGGAUUGCAUGAAAUCCUAUCAGGGAUAUGUGGAUAAGUUGUGCCGAGUGGAACAAGAUCUCGCCAUGGGCACCGAUGCGGAAGGCGAGAAAAUCAAGGACCACAUGCGCAAUAUUGUGCCGAUAUUGUUGGACCAGUCGGUGUCCAACUAUGACAAGGUUCGCAUUAUCGCUCUGUACGUUAUGAUUAAGAAUGGCAUUUCCGAAGAAAACUUGACCAAAUUGGUCACCCACGCUCAGAUUGAACCGAAGGAACGAGAGAUGAUUACUAACUUGAGCUACCUGGGUAUCAACGUCAUCGCUGAUGGUAAUCGAAAAAAGGGAUACUCCGUACCAAGAAAGGAGCGUAUAAACGAACAUACCUAUCAGAUGUCCAGAUGGACUCCGGUCAUCAAAGAUAUUAUGGAAGAUAGCAUCGAUAACAAGCUGGACGAAAGGCAUUACCCGUUCCUCGGAGGACGUAAGACAGCCGGAUUCCAUGCACCGACCAGUGCACGCUAUGGCCACUGGCACAAGGACAAGUCACAGACGGCGGUCAAGAACGUGCCGCGCCUCAUUGUGUUCGUCAUUGGCGGUGUAAGCUACUCUGAAAUUCGUUGCGCCUACGAAGUGACGGCCGCCGUUAAAAAUUGGGAGGUUUACAUUGGUUCGUCCCACAUUUUAACACCAGAAACAUUCCUCAGCGAUCUUGGAUCAUUGAAUAAGGAGUAAAAAAAAACAAAACAGUCAAUAUUGCCAGUUGCCUAAGGCACUAAAUUACCAUAAUUGCGGACAUGUUACAUUUAUGCUGAGGAAUGUGCAAGUUUUGGAACAAUUAAACUUAUAUCACAACAAAGAAAAUCGAUAACUACAAUGGAACACGUUAUCCAUUUUAAUAACUGAUUCAAUUACAAAUUUAUCAAGUUGUUUGCUUCGUUAUUAUUUAGAUUACUAUGUAUAUAUGAAAAGCGUACAUGAGUAAAUAAGGCAAUUUAUUCGUUAAUAUAUUCCAACCUAUAACCAACAGUCUAAUAGCUUUUAUCCUCAUAAACAGUUUAUUACAUUUAUAAGAAGUACUUCAUAGCUGUCCGGAAGAUAGUCAUUCGCUCGUGUUAUUAUUAAAGCAUCUCUUAAAUUAUACAAUACAUAGUAUUAAAUAUAUAGAAGUGUAUCUCAA